GUGAAUACCACUUUCGUCAUCAAAGUCAAAAGCCAAAGUCAACAGAACAACAAACUUUGCGCAUCUUAUCAAAAUGUCAAUUUAAACAUGUCGUUCCCUUUACGAAGUUAAUCGAAGCUUUCUUCACUGCCACCGAGUAAAUCAAUCCUAAUUGCGACAAUGGCGAACAGUAUCCCUACCGCGAAGAUCACCCUCUCCUACCCUCUCUAUUCGUGCGCCUUCGACCCGAUAGAUCCCAAUCAACUUAUUGUCGCGGGAGGAGGCGGCCCGGGACGGAAUGGUGUGGGGAAUAAAAUUACUGUUCUUGAUACCUCGAAACCAGAUGAAUUAUCAGAAGUUGCCGAACUCGAGCUAAGUCCGAACGAAGACAACGUCACAACCCUUGCCACCGGUCCUCGAAAAGAUAGAAACCUUACCUUGUUCGCCGGCGUCAAUUCCAGCCCGGAAGAUAUUAAGAAGGGAAAGAAUGAACAUUUUCGUGUUUUCAGCAUCAGCCAACCCGCUAAGUCGGCCAAGACUAGCGGUGUAAGGGUCUCCGAGGUCGCGCGAGAUGCGCUGUUCUUGCAUAAGGACGCAAGCGCCUACCAGCGACUCCUCCGUCUGUCCCACCCGUACGAAAAUCUUGCACAACUAGGCGCUAUCGCGACGGGCCUCUCUAAGGAAUCCGAAAUUGCGCUCUUCGAUGUACCAUGUGCAGGAGGCGGGCGGUGGAAAUCACGGGGCAGGCUGGAUAUACCUAGAGAAGCAAUGGACUUGGACGUCGUUCAGACUGGUCCCGACACAUACCAGUUAGCAUACUGCGAUGAUCAUGAAAUAUUCACCGUCGAAGUAUCAAAGACUGAAAUAUCCGACCCGAAAUGUGUAUACACAAUUACCCCAGAUGAAGGUGCCACAGCUAAGGCGUCCUUCAAAUCAUUGCGCUACCUGACACCCGGUUUUCUCAUAACCGUCGUCAAUAGGCCCAAUUCCAAUGGAGUCGCCCUGCAUGGCUAUCGCCUCCCCGCCAAAGAGCAGGAGAAUGCGCGACUUGCGAUUCGUGCAAGAUUGCCCAAGGGCGUCUCUAAGGCUACCGGUCUCGCUGUGAGAAAUCUGUCACCGGCUUCUUCUCCGUCGGACAAGCAAGGCGAAACUCAAUUCGUUGUCGCUGUCGCCGGUAACGAUGCAUCGAUAUCGCUAUUCACUUUGGAACAUAAGUCUGCAGCCACUGUUGAACUCCUGGCGGAUCUAGCACCGUUCCACGUGCUCAAAGGCGCCCACCCUUCAAAUAUAACUGGGAUUACAUUUUCACCAUUUACACCACCGAAAUCAUCAAAACCUACCACAGAACUUACAGUUAAGCUGGCCACCGUAGGUGUUGGCUUCACAACUGUUGUACAUAGCAUACCGCUCAAAAAGCAUAUUGACAAAUCUGUAUCGGAAAGGAAAGGAGGACCCCCAAGACCGUCGCGCUAUGUCGUUGCGUUGAAAUCUCAAGGCGAAUCGCCCCUAACUAUUAUCACUCUCCUCACGAUAGUGGUACUCUUCCUUGCCAUGAUUGGACAGACAUUCCUUGAAGCAAAAGAUAUUGGCCAGCCCAUACUAGGGAUUAAGCCUUAUCUUCCCACUUCGUGGACAAAACCGUUGCGAAAGGUCUCUGAGACUCAUGACAAGAACAUCCAGGACCUUUUAUCAGGUGUCCAAGGGCAAGAUGGCCAGCCCAUCGUGAUCCGACAUGCUGAGACCGGAGAGAUUGACGCUCACGGACUCCCACCUCUUCAUGUCGGUGUUCACAGCGAGGAAGAUGAAGAAACUCACGGCCCCACGGUAGCUUGGGAAAGCCUAGACCGCAAAGAGCAGGACGUCUGGAAGCUGCGGCUCAAGAAGACGGGCCAUUGGGUCGAAGAUAUGGGAGAAUCUAUAUUCAAAGGCGUGCUCUUCGGCGAAAUUGGCGGGGCUAUUGGGAAUAUAGUCGGCGAGGCCUUGUAAGGAUUUUUGUGUCAUGUCUAUAUGAUGAGAGAGAAAUGAGGCUCUUGGAUGAUGGAUGAUGGAUGAUCAUGUCACGAAGGACGCUGUCUGUAUGAUGUGCUCUGUAUAAAACGCCCAGCUUAGCUAUCUACGAAUACGAAAUUAAUUACGUUUA